AUGUCUGUUGACAAGUGGCUCAACCGAUGGAUCGCUCUAGCACCUAGGCUAAGAGCAUUGAAUAUUCCGAAUCUAGGUGAGGCGCAAGCGUGCCGCGGCUUCAUCCUAGCUACCGAGACCAUCAAUCCAGCAUUCUACAACAGUGCUAUGAGCGAUCUCGGCCAGGCAGAUAGGGAGACCGGUCAUGUGGAUCGGCUCAAGGCAGUGCUAGAGUUACUCAGGGAUAACCUCCACAGACCCGAAGACAAUAAAUAGAGGUACAUGCCGAACCGCAAGCCCAGUUACAUAUGCCACCAUCACCAGUGACCGCCGCAAGAGCAGUCAGCAGCGAUGACCUCAGCCAACAGCUAUUGAUGCCCUUCGCAACCUUCGAACGAGCUCAGGUCGUACAGUCACCCAAUCGAGCAAGGCCAAACAAGCUACAAGUGCUCAGGCAGUCAAGCGCUCAAUUGAUGAGCUGGAUAGCAGGGCUUAUAGGCAUAGCUACUCACUUAAGCCCCUAAAGCUUGAUUCAGGCAUACG